AUGGUGUCGAGACGGAAGAUUCUGUCUCGAUCGAGGGACAAUCUCGUCGAGUCACAAUACGAGGACCAGGACGAAGAGGACGUGUGGUAUAAUCUCGAUAAACUUUACAAGGAUCACAUUCAAGAAGUGCUGGACAAAUGGAAUCAGAUCGACGACGAAAUUUGGGCCAAGGUGAUCGUUUUCGAAAGGAAUCGAAGGGUGGCGAAGGCGUACGCCAGGGCACCGGUUCUCACGAUUAACGGAUCGAACGACGGUUUCGAUGGUUUCAGGAUAGGACUGUGCGGCUUCGAGAACCCGAUGAGGGACGUGAAAACGGAGGAGGCGAAGAAGCACAUAAACCAGGGCGUGAAGAUCAAGAUGGACGAGCAGGGGAACAUCCUGAUAAAACGUCUCUGUAAAAAUAAUGUUUACAUAAAGCCGACCAGUCAGGAGGACAACGCAAUUGGAGCAGAAAUCGCGCGGAAUUCACAAGGAGCGUUGGAACACGAGAAGCCAGGGAAAGUGUUCGAUAUGAACAAAUUUCAAACGAAUCUCUCACGCGAAACAAGAAGAGCUUACCCGGACAGAAGAAGACUGGAGAUGCAGUGUCUGAGCGCGAUCGUGUUCGUUCGAUCCGAGGCGGAUCUACUUCAGUCUCCCGUUUGGGUUCUGAUUGUAAAUGUUGUUGGUUUAGACAUGUUGAAGUCCAAAUUACCACCAGUUUUAGCACUACAAAGGCCGGUGGAUAUAAAGAACAGACCGAGGAUACCGAUUCCCGACGAAGAUCCCUACAGCGUGGCGGGCGUUUCGUCCUCCAUUGGAGUCUCGGAGGCCUUCCAGCAGGAUCGCGAGACUAGAGACCAAAUUUACGCUCAGUCGACCAGCUGUAGACAAAGAAGAGCCGAGAGACCACCGAAACUACCGCCCAGGGAGAAUCUCUAUAGCCACGAUAUACCCAAACCCGAUUACGAUGACAUAGAGGAUGACUAUGCCAGGAAACCUGUCAUAGCGAGUGAAGAAAAGAGACGACACGAUGAUAAGAAAAAAUACGAUGAUCCGUAUUAUUGCGGAUUACGAGCUCGUGUUCCGAAUUUUGUCAAGAUGGCGAAGAACAGCAAGGUCUCGACGAGAGGAUACUCUAGACCCCCACAGGGACCCACAUACGCUGCCGCAGGGUAUGCAAGCAGCCAGUCCUCUCAAAUCUAUGGCCAUUUACCCGGGAAUCGACCUCCAAUUAUGUAUCAUGCGAGAAGCUUUGAAAGUGGACUCGACUCUGAUGGCAGAAACGAGUCACCGUAUAAUCAUGUAUAUGGAAGGUUUCCGAUACCGACUAGAGGUGUAAUACCUCCGUCACCUAGAGCAAUGUACAUCGGAGAAUGGGAUUAAAACUAAUGAACGUUAAGCAGAUGGAAAGAUUGCGUAUAAACGAAUGAACAACAGAUGAUCCAGGGGCAAUGCGGGAGGUCAUCACCAGAAGAUCAUUGUAACAAGAACAAAUAGAAGAAACUCAUACACCGGAAGAAGAAGAA